ACUGCCACUGCAUGAAGAAUUGUAUUGUCGAAGUGAAGUGUCGCGCGCUGUGUUCCUGUCGUGUCCGCUCGCUUAAAUCGUGUUCCGAGCCGAAUUAGAAAAUAAAAUAAUUUCUUUAAUAUUUAAACCCAUUAUUUAACUAAAAUUGAAUGUUAUAAAAUAAGCAAAAACACCCUUUUUCGUUGUGUACAUCACGUAAGACAACACCACUUAAAAUCAACCCAAAGAUCUGGCUUGUUUUUUAUUUUGUUUAUUCACUUGAGACUCAAUCGAUGUUGGACAAACGACAAAGUAGAGAUAAUAGCUUCUUUUUGCAAAGUAAAAGCAGGAUACGUUUGUAUUAACCACAAAAAAGGAGAAGAAGAAGGAGCAGGAGCAAAGGCAUCACCCAGUACGCAUCACCAGGCAAGGCAGGCUAGGCGGCCUAGGAGGAAACAAAUCUAGUUUUCCUUUGUAGCAUUUGUUUGGUGGUACUCGCAUAUAAUCUUCUUCGAAAGGAGCAACGUCUUCAGUUCAGUUUCAGCUGAGAAGAAGAGGAACAAGAGGAAAAAUAAAUAAAUAAAAUAAGAAACAAAAUGCCAAAACGAGUUAAGAAUCAAGUGUGGGAGAUUGUUGGAACAGCGGCUAGUGGUGCUGGGAAUAGCAAUGGUGCAUCAACGUCCGGCGCAGUUGGAGGUGGUGCAGCAGUUGCAGCUUCAAGCGGUGCAGUUGAGCUUUUACCAGAGUCACUUAACGAUGUCUUUCGCUGCUUCAUCUGUAUGGAAAAGUUGCAAGAUGCACAUUUGUGUCCGCAUUGCUCAAAACUUUGUUGCUAUUUGUGUAUAUCGCGUUGGUUGACUGAACAACGUCGCCAAUGUCCGCAUUGCAGAGCUUCUUUGCAUGUGAAAGAUUUGGUAAAUUGCCGAUGGCUGGAGGAUGUUGCCCAGCAAAUUGAGAACCUUCAGCAGAUUUGUUCAAAUAUUCGGACCACGAAUGGCUUGAUUCAGGGAAAAGAGCAGGACUUGUGUCCGAGUCACCAGGAGAAAUUAAGUGUUUACUGUUGGACUUGUAAAUGCUGUAUUUGUCAUCAAUGUGCAUUGUGGGGUGGAACCCAUUCAGGACACACAUUCAAGCAGUUAGAACUAGUUUAUGAGACUCACAUAACCCAGGUUAAAGAAGAAGUAUCUCAGCUUCGAGCACGUCUGGCAGAACUUAUAUUGCUCGUCCAAAGUGUCGAACACAAUGUCGAAACUGUGCGUAAAGCGAAAGACGAAAAAGUGCGAGAAAUACGAAAUGCCGUCGAACUCAUGGUCAGCAGACUAGAUUCCCAAUUGAAAGUGAAACUGGUCACCCUGAUGCGCCAGAAGAAUUCACUUAGCCAAGAGACUGAACAGCUAGAGCAUCUUUUACAGGAGAUCGAGCAACAAAUGACAAUAUGUUCGAAAUCACAACUCAUAAUGAAAUCACCGGACCUCUUGAAAAUGAUUCACCAGGUGCGAAUAAAACCAAUGGCCAGCUACAUCACUGCUCCAGUACCUGCUGAUUUCCACAGUGAAAUUGUUCCUGAAUACGAUACUGGCAACUUCCUAAUGAAGCGCUUCUCUCAGCUGCAAUUGAAAGGUGCUCCUGUUCAUUCGGAGCCACUGGAGAGUAAUGGGCUGCAGUGGCGUCUUAAGGUCUAUCCCAAUGGCAAUGGAGCUGUUCGUGCAGAGUAUUUGUCGGUGUUUCUCGAACUAGCUGCUGGUUUCCCCGAGACCAGCAAGUACGAGUAUCGUGUGCAGAUGAUCCAUCAGAGUUCGAGUAAAAUAAUUCAGCGAGAGUUUGUGUCUGAUUUUGAGGUUGGCGAGUGCUGGGGUUAUAAUCGUUUCUUUCGUCUGGAUUUGUUAGCCUCCGAGGGUUAUUUGAAUUUGGCCAAAGACACUUUAGAACUUCGGUUCCAGGUUCGUCCGUCAACUUAUUUCCAGCGGUGUCGUGAUCAACAGUAUUACAUAAGUCAAUUGUUGAAAAGACAAAAAGAACUUGCUGCGGAGAAUAAGAUUCUUCGUGAGAAGGCAGCCAACGAAGAAGCAAGCAAUGGUGGUGAUCAAGUUAUCAAUUUAGACGAAGAGGGUGAUAAGCAUCAAGAGGCAAGUCAAAGUUCAGUGAAUAAUGCAACCGAAGAGACAAACAGUCAGGGAUUAAAAUCUUCGAGAAGCUUACAUUCCGAACACAGCAGCACCAGUCGACCUAGUGAAAGCGAAGAAAGUAACAAGAAGACAAGUCGCAGUGAUAUUCAGAAAAGUGUUGACGCUUCGUUUUCUGGAAUGCUACAAGCAUUGGUCAAUGGUUCCUCCACUUAUAAUUCCUCGUUUCGAGAAGGUGCCGUCGGGGGUGAGAUAAAGCCGACUAAUAGUGCAACGCCCUUGAGUUCCCCCGAGAAAUCUUCAUUCCACAUUCUUUCCAAUUCAUCACCAGAUCUCACAUCAACAACAUUAGAAAAAACAUUUCUUGGAAGUAAUAUCCUUUCAGAUGCCUCUGAUUCGGAUGGCGAAGACCCAGGAAGUUCUCCACUGCCUGCUCCCUCAUCAACAUUAUUCAAAAUCAGUGCCACUUCCUUCUCAACACAAGAUGAAAACCCAUUGGGCGAUGAUAAUGACUUUUCAUCGGGCGAGAACGAUGUUGAAUAUGCCGAAUUAUCUAUGGCUCAAGGUAUUUCUCUAAUCAAUGAUAAGUCCUCGUCCAGUGGUGCCAGUUCAUCGAGGAGACCAACUAGCAGUGGACACUCGAGUCAUCGUCAUGUAACACUCUCCCUGCUUGAUAGUACAAGUCCGACUGAAAAUAAUAGUCCCUCAGAAAUAAAUAGUUCAACUUCCCAAAACAACUGCCGUCUGCCAAUGUGCUCCGUUAAUGUUCUGGAAACGUUUUUUGAACCGCCAAAAUUCCAUUGUCAAAAUGGUGACUACCUGGACGAUAGUAUUAUUUUGAAUACCUCGAUCCCGUUGAGCUAUUCGGAAGAUUCAUUACUUAAAGAAUAUCGCAAGAGUAGGCCAUCAUCGUCGCCAUCAAGCGUCAAGGAAUCAACCGAAUCACCAUCUUAUCGCUGGGAAAAUACCGAUAAUGCAUAUUCGCGAUUGGAUCGAUUGUUAAAAACGAUUCAUUUAUCGCCGGACACCUCCCGUACACAGAUCAAUGUCCCAGUUUCGAAUGCCUCAAAACAACACUCAAAUUGCGAUGGGGAGCUGCCUGCUGAAUUUUUCACUCAGAUGGGAUUACAUACUAGUAACGAACAUAGAUCUUUAGAUGCUGAUGCAGCGAGCACAUCGAAUGGUCGUCCUUCGCGAUCCCAGACAAAAUCAUCGCAGAAGGUGGUUAAACCAAAAUUCGAGUGGACCGAUCUCUUUCCGUCCGGUGAUUUAUAUCCGUUGGUAUCACCUGUAAGACGGGUACAUCGAUUGAAGUCUGGUGAAUCAGCACGAGAUAACAGCCCUGUGUUGUCUCCACGAUGGCCAAAGAGUAGUAGUGUCAGUCUAAGGCUACCAUCUAGUGGACACAAAAAUCACAGAACUUCAACUACAACCAAUGUGCCAUCCGCAAGUACCACACAGACUGAUGACUGGAACAAAGCAGUCAACAUUUGGACUGAUUCAAUUUUAAAUACACUGCCAACUUACGAACCUCAAUUAUGUUCCUCAGCUGUUGAAGUUCGAAAUGGAUCUGCGCGAUCGUUGCCUUCACAUGCUACACCGCCGAGAGCUUCGACUUCUCAAACGAAUGCUUUUUUUAAUACUUUUGGAGCAACCACAACGAAGGGCUCCCCAGCCUCACCGCUUUAUCAAUCCUUUAACUAUCACAGGAAUUCACCUAGUACGUCCUCGGGCCGCAGUAGUUAUCAGACGGCACCUACAAGUCUGUCAUCUCGAGGCAUACCACGAAGCUCAAAGCUUUUAUUGACCAAAGAACAGAAGGGCAACGCCGCUGCUGCUGCCGCUGCCAAUGCCACUGCCGCCAUCUUCGCACAAUCAAGCUUAGGCAGGGGAGACAAAUGUGAUCUAGAACCAGUGACUGGAGACGAAGAUAUGUUGGACCGCUAUUUUAGGCAGACACGUGCUUCCUCGAUGCUAUACAAUGAGAUCUCUCAGACGAAAGCAAGCGGAAUAGAUGAUGACGAAUUGGAUGACGAACGCCUUAUCAGUAUUACAGGUCUCAUGUCGACUCCUCCAAUAUCUUUAGAAUCAAGCCGAGAGUCAACUACAGAUCCAUCAACGACUGCACCGGUAGGUGGCGACACGCCCACUCCCACUACAUCAACUACGUCUGCGACUUCAAGAAACGAUAACAACGGUAUUGUUAGCCGAUCAGUUACUGCUUCAAAACGCAAAGAGAGGAUCGCCGAAAGACCAAAUUCGUCCUAAAGACAAGCUCGUUUAAAUAGAUAAUUUUUAUGAUUUCGAUUUAAACCAACAAAAUUGAGCAUCAUAUUAACUACACUGUCGACAAAUAACAAAUUAUGUAUCUAUAUCUAUUUAUUUAGUAGGAUAGAGAUAUUCAUGGUUUAAAGAUUAAAAAAAAGAGCUGCUUUUUUGCUUCUCUUCAAUAUAUUGAUAUUGAAAUUGAAACAAAACAAAAACCAAAAGAAAAUUACGAUCUUCAUACAAAAAUAUUUGCCCACAUUUGUUGUUCUAGCUGUAAUUUUUAUUCAAUGAAGUAUUUAUUAGAUGUUUUGAACCCUUAAGUCACACAAAUUGUUUUGAUAAAAAUUAUCGGUUCAAACAAAUUUUUACAAAAAAUAUGAUAUUUUUGAGUUACGUUUAUUAUUUGAAUGAUGACUGUUGUAUAAAUAACAUAAAUUUUUCCUUUAUUAUUUUUAUUGUGAUACAUUUUUGCUCUAUAAUAAAAAUUCUAAACUCUUGAAAAAAUGUA